AUGAGGCGCUUCCCAACGCCACUAAUGACUUGCGAUUGCUUGAGCGUGGAAGGAGAAGUGUUUGUGACGGCGUUUAACAGUGUGUGUGCCAUCACGGAUCUCAUGGCAGCUAUACGAUGCUUUGUAAAUCUCUCCAUCGAUGUAAUCUCCCCAGUAUUAUAUUUCAAUCCUGGCUAUCUGUACGCGUUGGAUGAAUUAUCUGAGCUAGCGUUGGGGUUUCUGCCACUAGCGGUACCAGAAGUCGACCGACGUUUCCGAACACCUUUAGUGGAUAUUGUGCGCAGACUCCUGCACGGAAGAAUUGGUGUCACGGUAAAGAAUGCAGGUGUUCGUCUCCUCUGCGCUGCAACGUCCUUCGACUCAGCAGAUUAUUUGGAGGUUAACGUGCACCGGGUCCGUGUUGCGUAUUCGAGUGGCUUGAUCGAUAUCGAAGUUACGCGAGUGGCAGCGAGAAUUGAGCCUGGAUCACUCUCUCACAUCGCAGAGUUGAGUCAUCUGAAGCUUCAAGUUUGGAUGAAGUGGGACUGUCAGAGUGACCCCAUGAUGCAUUACCUCUAUCCUAUUGAGUUUGUGAGUGCUGACAACACAGACGAGCGAUUUGUCUUGAAUCUACCGAGCCCAACUGAGAUACCCCCUUCUGAAACCGACAGCACGAAUCCCUUCCAAGUCUAUCAAGCCACCAAGUUGUCCAUUUUCAUCAAGGGAACAAUUUGUCCUCCAGAUCCAGAGAACGGCGACGUAAAUGACGGCUGGUCUAAGCGUGACAUGGCAGCUCGAACGGCUGUCGUACUGUACAGCAAAAGCGUUGAGUGGCUUAUUGGAUUUGGCCGCGUGUAUCAGAAGAUACCGCAGUAUCCACUGCCUCGACGUCGAGAUAACACUGGGGUUCGAUUUGUCUAUCCUUCUACAGACAUUUUGAGUAUUCUCGAAGGUGUGACGAUCGAGGAAUUUGACUUGAUUGGACUGGAUGUGGCUCUGUAUGCGAGUGAAAAGAAUUCUGUUGGCGUGCGAGCUUUUCUUGACGAUGAGAUCAGUUGUUCUGCGCGGCGGCUUUCGUUUAAUAUAGAAGAAUGGAUGUGGAUUGUUCACGAUGUGAAUGUGGAUGCUCGUGAUAUUCAAGUGCGAGUAUGCACACCUGAGUCAGGGAGCAGAGGCGAGUCGCUCGUGUCCAUAAAGCACGUAUCAUUGAUCGUUGGAGGCGGCCCGGAACGGGCUCCAACGCAUGAUAAUAGUCUGAUGAAACUGCACAGUCCACCGCCAAUGAAGCGUAAUACCAAUGCCCAACCUUUUAGUUUUUCCCAGGCAACAACUGCGGUGGAGGUGAAAGAACGAUCAAAGCAAAGCAUCCUUGAGUACUUUGACAUUCCACACGAGAAUCCAUUUAGCUAUCGCGAAUCCGACAGCGACAAAGAAGAGGAAUUGGACAUAACUGAAGCUACAGUGGCUGAGAGCGAAGUGGAGGAAUGUCAGAGUCAAGUUUUGGAUGAAUUUCGACGUGCUGGAUUCUUACUUGGCUUGCUAUCGAAGGAUGUUCGGGUGACUAUCACAAUGGUGGCGUUAGAAUCUCUAGUAGACAUCGCAGACACGUGGGUGCAAGUAAUAACCACAAGCUUACCAGAGCUCUUUAAGUUCACGUCACUGGCCCAAGAUCCGAAAUUCAGCGGCAUUUGCCUCCAGGGCGGCGCUGAUGCUCCCGUAAGUCCACACAACCACCCGUUCGAACCAACACCGUACUCCAAUGCAGAUUCUGUGCGUCCCGUUCGGAAGAAAUCUAGUUUGGUGGUAAGCCAGUUGGAGCGAAUUCGAAGUAAGGAAGAGACCUCGCCACCUCGACCCACAAACGCGAAGCUGGUCCAGGCAUUCAUCAUGGUCAAGUUCGAAGACUGUCAGAUCAGUGUUCAAGACCAACUCCACAAAGGGUCUGUGCUGUUGGCCUUAAACUCUGGUACACUACAACACGCUGUUUCGUCGGAUUCUGGUCAUGAACGUAUCGACUUGAAUGUCGACGGCUUUCAGGUUUUCACAGCGCCGCUAGAUGUUGACGUAAAGUCACAUGCUGUUUGGCUUAAAGCACUCGCAGAUGCGUCGUAUUGUCCUAGUUCUUAUGGACUAUUACGACAAGUGAUCGCGCCAAUUCCUGCCCAGGUUACGAUUUGGGUCGAUCGUGAAAAGAACGUCGUCAAGAACAAAGUCAAGUUGGACAUACCAACCAUCGAAGUGCAGGUCAAUCUAGCGUCCAAGAGCAUCCUUGAGAAGCUUACAACAACUGCAACUGAGCUCGUGAAUGCCAAGCUAGCCGAGAAGAAGAGUCACGAUCGAUCGCAUCUUCUUCAUAGCUACCAGAGGGAGGCUCAGCAUCGAGGGCGAUCUCUGCAUCAGCUUCUGGCUUUGAAAAAGCAACUCAAGUGGAAAAUCGCAGCAUUGGAAUGGCGACAAAUGUGUGGCUGGGAUUACCGCAUGAACGAGCGAGCAAUGGCUGCUGUAUCAGCGACAGAGAGUGCUCGAAGUCUACCAUUUGAGCUUGAAACAUUGCCAUUAUUUCAACGACGUUCCAUGUCGUCGGCUUCUGUAUCUUCCGUGGCAACAAACUUUAGUUUGAUGGGCUCUACCGCGACAAAAUACUACGAAGACGAGCAAUUUACGGAUGAAUUGCAACAGAUGACUCAACAAUUCGAGAUACUUACCGAAUUGACGCACUUGAUGGCCAUCGAGCUCCAAAAACAGCUUAAACCAGGCCCACUACUCAACUUAGACAUCGAGUUUACACUCGAUCGCGCUUCAUUGACGCUAAGCGGUGAGAAUGUCGACAUCAUUCGGGCUCAAGUAGGGUCGUUGAGCUUCAAGAUGCUGUUGCUUGAGGACCAUUCGGGCAAAUUCGCGCUGACUUUGCAAGAUUUAUCCGUCAAGAACCUCAGUCCGGCAACUCCUUAUCCAGAUAUGCUGCUGCCAGUUUACUCGCAAGCGUGGGAAGGAGACGACAUGUUCUUUCGUGUUGAUGCCGAGAUCGCAAAACCGGUGGGAGGGAUCACUGUCGUCCAGCAUUUCGAGAUCAACGUACACCCGAUUCAAGUUUGCAUCACUCAAGAAGUGAUCAUGCAGUUAGUGACCUUCUUCUCACCUCCUGACGCCUCGAAUAGCACAAAAGAUGUCCAACGAGAGGAAGUUCGAUCUCAAUUCUUGCAGGUUCGAACGAGUAGUUCUUCCAGCGAUGGACGUGUUGGUUCGGCUAUCAUCAAGGCUGUCAAAGUCGCUGGUAAAGCGGCCGCCCACCCUCUCAGUCUUGGACGUACCCAUCGUGAUGAAGAGCUGCUGUCUUCUGGCCGUAAGGCCAAGCGCGGUGCACUGCACCAAGUACCAGAGGACCCAACGCAGUGGAUUGCUAAGCUGGCGAACUUGUCUGAGGGCAACGAAUUGCCCUUCUUUAACUCAACCGAUGAAGCUGAACAGCAUCAAUCUGAGUCUGCGGAGCGAGAAGUGAAAGACCGAGCCAAGAACGGCAUUCUCUUCAAACGUAUUCGCCUGGGAGCAGUUGAGGUGGUGUUGACGUACAGACACAAGAAGAGCAACUUGGGUAAUAGCAGCACACCUCAUCUGCACUUACCACACGCGUCGCAGCCUCAAGCUUUGGAAGAUAUGCGAGGCUUCGAAGUCAAGACUCGAGCUCUUGUGUAUUGCGACAAGACGUGCUCUCCCUUGGAUCUUUUACUGCGGAUUCGGCGUGAUAUUUUACUCGACGUGCUAUCCCAAGUCGGUCGUAACUUCACCAACAUUGGCAACUUUUUACGAGACCAGUUUGAUACGUCUCGUUGGGCGGCAUUUGAUGCGCUGGCACCUUUAAAGUCGCUUUCCACGACGGUGUCGUCGCUGACGGCCAAGGAUACUUCUAGGACAUCCUCCGGGACAUCGUUCCGACCGACCGAGCUACUCAACGCGCGAAGCGGGUCUGCGUCCAGUGACCAUUACGAUGCUGAUACUUCAGCUCCGUCUACUCCAACAUCAGCGGGUUCUGCUCAUCCCAAGCAAGCCAAGGCCAAGCGCUCGUUGGCAAAGCUCUUCUCCAGGAAAAAAUUGCCCUCUAGUCCAUUGCCCUCUCCACAAGCAGAUCUAUAG